CAAAAAGACAAUGAAGAAGACUUGGGACUAUAUAUACAUGGACCACAACCACGUCCAUUACAUAUUAUCAGUCACAAAAUCAGCUGUCAUAAGCAAAAAAAAAAAACAAUGGAAGAGUCGAGAUCGUACAGAAGGGAGAGGAAGCAGGCGAAGAAGAAGAAAACGGGCCGUGGAUCAGGUUCUGGAUUCGGGUCAAUCCAGAUGGAAAUGAGGAGGCUCCGAGUUCUAAUACCGGGCGGGCGAAGGUUGAACCAACCCGAUCUGCUUCUAUCAAAGACUACUGAUUACGUUGUGCAUUUGGAGUUGAGGAUUAGGUUUCUCAAAACCCUACUCUCAAAACUGAUAGUUUAGUUUGUUUGCUAGUUUUCUUAUUCUUCAUCUUCUUCAUUUUUUGUUAUUCUAAAAUUAAAAUUUCCUUUUUAUAUUUGUAUGUUUUUCACAAACUAUUUGCGUUUGAAAUUUGUUACUUCGCAACUCAUGGAAUUUGUUUUUCCAUGAUUUAGAUGAAAUUUAUUAGUUGGGCUUCUAGUAGCAGAUGUUAUCGUAAUUGAGUCCUUAUGGCCCAUGAAUAUGUCUUGCAGCUUUUCUAAAAAGUGGUAAUGACAGGCUUUUUCUUUAUUUUACCAA